ACCUUUGCGAGGACAGAACUGUUGUUAAUGAAUUGUUCCUUGUAUUCAUGUAUUUACAUCGGAAGCCUGUUAUUGUCAGUUUCUAACACAAACGUCCGAAAUUAUGACAAAUUGAGGAAAUCGUCUUUCGAUUUAACAUCACGAAAUUCCCGCGGGUAAGGUGAAGUGCGUGAAGAGAAUGCUUAACAUUUCAAGCCAGAUGUCAGCUCAGAUGCAACUUUCCCUUCUAGAUGAAGGAGGUUUGGAUCUUCACACUGGACUGACUUCUGCAUAUUCCUCAAAAUCUUCAGAUGGUCAGUGGAUGGAGAAAAACCAAGAAUUUGAGAAGGAACAUGAAGCCAUUGUCAAAACACAAUGUGAGGACAAUGAUGUUAAUGCAAAGGUGUUGCAAAAUAAGAAUCGUAAUGGAAACAAAAGAGUUUAUGAAUGCCCUGUGUGCCUUAAACGAUUUGGUGCUCCAUCCAAACUAAAAAGGCAUUGUCUUAUUCACACGGAUCAGAGGCCAUUUCAGUGUUCCAUAUGCUUUCGUGCCUUCAGAGAACGCUCUCAUCUAAAAGUACACUUCAGAUCUCACACCAACCCUUCAUCACCUGUCACAACUGCCAGAAAAAGGAUCUUUCCAGUAUCCAAGUCUUCUGAUCGCAUGUGUACGCUUCAACUCAAAAAGAAAAGUGGAUAUCAGUGUGAAAUAUGCUUGAAGAAAUUCAGUUUCCCCUCAAAACUAACUCGACACCUGUUUGUUCAUUUUGACGUCAAGGCUUACACUUGCACAAUCUGCAGAAAGUCAUUCAAGCAAGCCUAUUAUCUCCAUAAACAUCUCAAGGUACACACAGAAAAAAGAAACGGCAAUUCUAGGUUGUGUAGCGUCCCGCAGAAGCAUGGGGCCAAAUCUCCAACACCUGGAGCUUUUGAAUGUACAAAUAACUGCAGACUAGAUGGUGGUAAUGUGUGUUUACCUCAGAUAUUAGACUCUUUAGAGACCAAAAAGCAUGAAAAACCUGAAUGCCGAAGCAAGCUUAACCAAAACGUCCAAUUGAUAAAGUCAAAUUCAAGUACCGUAGAGAUUAAAAGCUCUGACACUUUGAAAAAUGCUGAAGUGCAGAUCACAACCUCCAGCCCAAUUUACCUUAAGCACACGCAUAAAGGUGUGAAUCAGUGCAGCAUCUGUCUGAAGAACUUUCCAUAUCCUUCUAAGCUUGCCAGACAUAUUUUGAGCCACACAGAUGUCAGACCAUUUAAGUGCCACGUGUGCUUGAAAUCAUUUCGAUAUCGGUGGCAUUUGCAGUGCCAUGUGAGGAUCCACAAAAAAAAGGGUCAGAAUAUAAUUGCUGGUCAUUUGGAACAGGAUUGUACAGUUUCAUUUAGUAAUGCUGCAAAAUCUGAAGAACAAGAUGUGCAAAUACCCUCACAAGAUGGAGCUGAAGACUCUGCUAAAGUUCACAAAGAUCAAAAUAUGGUUAUGGAUUCUCAAAAAACGAUUGGUGACUGCAGUGAUUCAGGCGUAUAUUUGCAAGAUUCCCUUCUAAAUGAAGGAGGUUGGGUUCGUCAUAUUGGACAGAUUUCUGCAUAUUCUUCCAAACCUUCAGAAGGCCAGUGGAUGGAGGAAAACCAAGAAACUGAGGAGGAAAAAGAAGCCAGUGUCACAACACAAAAUGAGGACAAGGAUGUAAAUACGAAGGUGUUGCAAAGAAAUAAUUCUAAUGUAAACAAAAGAGUUUAUGAUUGCCCUGUGUGCCAUAAACGGUUUGGUGCUCCAUCCGUACUAAAAAGGCAUUGUCUUAUUCACACGAAUCAGAGGCCAUUUCAGUGUUCCAUAUGCUGCCGUGCCUUCAGAGAACGCUCUCAUCUAAAAGUGCACAUCAGAACUCACACCAACCCUGUGAAGAGGAGGACACGAUCACUCCACAGCUAUAAGGACAACAGUGUGCCCUGUAAUCAAACACCCAAGUCAAGGUUAAAACCCUCUCCAAAAUAUCUAACUGCCCAAGACUAUACCAGAUCUACAGAUAAAGAAAAGUCAACAGUGCACCAAGACCAAAAUAUGGUUACAGAGAAUAUGGCAUCUCAAAUUAUUAGUGGUGACUGCAGUGAAUCAAAUGUAUAUUUGCAAGAUUUCCUUCUAAAUAAAGGAGGUUGGGAUCUUCACACUGGACAGAGUUCUGCAUAUUCUUCCAAACACUCAGAGGGUCAGUGGAUGGAGGAAAACCAAGAAACUGAGGAGGAACAAGAAGCCAGCGUCACAACACAAAAUGAGGACAAGGAUGUAAAUGCGAAGGUGUUACAAAGAAAGAAUUCUAAUGUAAACAAAAGAGUUUAUGAUUGCCCUGUGUGCCAUAAACGGUUUGGUGCUCCAUCCAAACUAAAAAGGCAUUGUCUUAUUCACACAAAUCAAAGGCCAUUUCAGUGUUCCAUAUGCUGCCGUGCCUUCAUUUCUGCAUAUUCUUCCAAACCUUCAGAAGGCCAGUGGAUGGAGGAAAACCAAGAAACUGAGGAGGAACAAGAAGCCAGCGUCCCAACACAAAAUGAGGACAAGGAUGCCAGUGGAUGGAGGAAAACCAAGGAUCUGAGCAUGGACAAGAAGCCAGUGUCACAACACACAAUGAGGACAAGGAUGUAA